AGUCAAGAUGUCGCACCCGGUUCCCCAAACGAAGCCCUCCAACCCCAGCAACCCCUGCGUCUUCUUUGAUGUGGACAUCGGGGGCGAGCAAGUUGGUCGAAUUGUCUUAGAGUUGUUUGCAGAUAUUGUCCCUAAAACUGCAGAAAAUUCCCGCGCAUUGUGUACUGGGGAAAAAGGCAUUGGACCCACGACUGGAAAACCGCUCCAUUUGAAAGGGUGCCCUUUCCAUCGAAUUAUUAAGAAAUUCAUGAUUCAGGGUGGAGACUUCUCCAAUCAGAAUGGGACAGGUGGAGAAAGUAUUUAUGGGGAAAAAUUUGAAGAUGAAAAUUUCUAUUACAAG